AUGCGCUUCCUCUGCUUCGGCCGCAAGCCCAAACCGCCUUCCAAGAGGAACCCACCCGUCCAAAUCGUUCCCCAGCUCCCCGCGCCUUCAACCUCAUCCAUUGCUUCCAAACAACCGAUGCCUCGCGAGCUCCUCUCCGGCCCAGUAUACACAGAUAGAGGAGCACCGAAAUACGUCAGAGUCGAUCCACCAAAGCCGGCUGUGAGGACUGGUGGUGGCGGUGGUUGGGGUGGCUAUGGCGGCUCUUACAGCACAGCGACGUAUACAUCGAGCUAUAGCAGUGGAGGAGGAGGAGGAGGAGGGGAUGGUGGUGGUAGCUCUAGUGGCGGUGGGGAUAGUGGGUGUAGUGGUGGAGAUGGCGGAGGCGGAGGUGGAGGUGGCGACGGGGGCGGUGGAGGAGACUGA